AUGGGCGGCGCGGGGGAAAAGACUGCAAAGAAGCUGGUCAUGUCAGUGCUAGUCUCAAAAAUUACUUAUGCGGCGGGAUUUUAUCCCCUCACCCGGCGACAUCACAACCGACUCAAGACCUUGCUAAAUGAAGCAAGAAGAACCAUCCUCGGACUCCCGAAACACACCCGUAGUGAAGAGCUGGCCAAGUGUAUCUUCAUCCCGGAUAUCGCUGAUCUGAUCCAGCAGCAGAAAGACGCUCAAGCCUCUCGCCUACAACAUACAAACGAAGGCAGGAUGAUUGCGAAAUUCAUGGGCGUACAAAUCCAGGUAGAUCCUCCAAUCCCCAAACGACCCCCUCCAUGGGAACUCAUCGAUGUGACAGAAGGCUCCAAACCCCUACCUAAGAACAUGGAUGCAGAUAGACACAAGAAACGCCGGGAACAUUACGCAAGACAACACAAGAGAGACUUAGCAGAGAUACUAGCGACCCCUAAACACAUGGUGGCUUACGCAGACGCUAGCCUCGGCACCACAGGUUGGGCCACUGCAGUCACCUACCUCAAGAAACACGCAACCUGGACAGUGGCCCAAGGCAAUCCCCUAGGCCAUCACACACCAGAAUAUGCGGAGUGCAAGGCUGUCCUGCAGGCCAUUGAAGGUGCUACACCCUACUUAGGAACUGACGAGCAGCUAGUUCUCUAUACAGACUCCCAAGAAGUGGUUAGAGAACUUAGACAACACAAGUACUCUGCAAGUCCCACCAUAAAAGCUAUCUUUGACUCCGCAAUCCGACUAUACCGGAACAAGGGGGCCAGGAUCAGCGUCAGGUGGGUCCCCGGACAUGAGGGAAUACCCGGCAACGAGCUUGCACACGAAGCCGCGCAGCAGGCGAUGAGAAACCUCACGCAACCGUCCCUGCAGCCCCGGCCUUCGGACGUCAGCCCGUCACACCCGCAACCGAGCGAUUGCAACGACAAUCCUCAUGAGGACCAGGAUACAUACGACCCUGUUGACGAACUGCGCAUAGACCAACGAACAAGGAAACGCCUCCUAGAAAGAUCCUGGUCCCCAGAGGAACACCCUAUCCCGAAGGACACAUUUCGAAGAAAAGAAAUCGUGCUGCUACGGCGCAUUCGCACUGGCGGAGCGGUGACUCCUAACCUCCAAUACAAAUUCGAACUUUAUGCCCUCAAGAAAAAACACCCUUACGCAGUACCACCUUACCCCCGGUGCAAACUUUGCAGGGAGGAGGACUCGCGCCCCAGUUUGCACCACAUACUCUGGGACUGCGAAGGGCUCAAAACUUACAGGUGCCUCAUCUUCAGCAAGAUGAAACAAAUCGACCGGCCGACCAAUCUCCGGGACUGGACGCACCCGGCGGGUGAUUCCCAAAGAAAGACUCGGGUGCUGAGAUCACUAUUAGAGUAUAUCUCUACAGGCGGCCUGACCUCCUGCAUUUAA